ACUGAAUUUGAAAAGGAGAACCGGCAUUAAACUUCAAGAGCUCUAGGAGCUACAGGGUGUCCUACAUCACUUGCUAUCGCAACAAAUGAAGUUUCUUCAGAUAAAUUGACGAAGUUACACCAAGUGAAUAUUAACUGUUAAUCGAUACAUUGUAAUGUGAUUUUCGGUCCCGUUUGGAUUCCUCUGAAACUGAAUAAGUUUCCAACAUCCGGUUGAUUCAAAGACUCCUUCGUCUGCAUUGGAGAAUAAAAACGAUACUCCACAAUGUCAACAGUAGUGUCAGAAACCAUGACCGCAAUGGAAGAGCUCAAAAUGAGGGAAAAACCAACCUCCAGACUUGUCCGUACCUCCUCCUUAGAAAAAAUCAAGGAAUUCAACAAUUACAUCUGUUCCCAGAACUACAUAAUCCUUCCAGCCCUCUUGAACUGGCUAAAAUCGUCCCAACCCGGCCUAGAGACCAACCUAGAUGUCGCCACCGCAUUUUACCGUCACCUGCUGUACAACAUCCUCCUGUACAAAGUGAUCGAAUUCAAGAUUGUCUGCAAGGGCUGCAUCAGGAAGUCCAGGAAACUCUUCAACGCGCAGUUCAAACGGCUGGCAAACGGAACAGCGUCGAGGAUCAAGGACACUGAUUUCCUGUUCAAAUCCGCCGUUUACGUCGUGGUGGUGAUUGUGAAUUUGGAAAUUACCACCUGUUUUUACUUGUUGUUAGCUAACAGCGCACCAUUAGGACUGCUCUUCUUGACCGUCUGUUGCUUAUGGUCCGUUGUUUUCCUGUUCUACGAGUCAAUCGCUCACUUCGAAGAACAAAGGAGGAAAUGGUCGACGAAGAUCAAGACGAAAGCGAACUGAUUCCUCGGUACGUCGAGCAGCAGCCACCGAGCCGUCCAGAUUUAAGUUCCAUCGAUGCGUUCGCGUCUCGAAUUGACCGAUUUCGGAGGAGGGCUUCCAUUUCGUCGCUAUAUGCAUCGCUCAUCGAUUCAUUAUUUAUAUUUCACUGCAUUUUGGGGCAUGUCGAUUUAGU